CCGCACCCCGCGGAGCGACGGCGGCUCUGGCCUGCGUUGGCCGGUGUUUCUCCUUCUGCCGCCGCGUCUGGCCGAGCCGCGGUUUGCCCGGCCCCGGGCCGGGGGCGCCGCCCCCCGCCGAGAUGGUCAAGAUGACCAAGUCGAAGACCUUCCAGGCGUACCUGCCCGACUGCCACCGCACCUACAGCUGCGUCCACUGCAGGGCCCACCUGGCCAACCACGACGAGCUGAUCUCCAAGUCGUUUCAAGGAAGCCAGGGGCGAGCCUAUCUCUUCAAUUCCGUGGUGAACGUGGGCUGCGGCCCCGCCGAGGAGCGAGUCCUGCUGACCGGGCUGCACGCCGUUGCCGACAUCUACUGUGAGAACUGCAAGACCACGCUCGGCUGGAAAUACGAGCACGCGUUUGAGAGUAGCCAGAAGUACAAGGAAGGGAAGUUUAUCAUUGAGGUCGCCCACAUGAUCAAGGACAACGGGUGGGAGUGAGGCCGCUCCGACCGUCCGUCCGUGUCCGUGGCCCCCCCGCCUCCGCUCCUCUCGCCCGAGAACUCCAGAAAGCACGAUCCCGUGGACCAAAGCAGCUCGACCCUUGGCUGAGGCCGUGCCCACCCUUCCUCCGCGGACCCCAGACUCAGAGGGGCAAGGGGGGUCCCCGCCAACCGCGGCCCGGCACCGUCCGCCCAGUCGGGGGUCUAGGUUGGCCCGUCCGAGCCCGUGCGGCCGAUACAGAUCGAGGGGCCGGCGGCUGACCGCGGGGGUGAGACGGGGAAGGGCCCCGCUGCCGGAAGCUUUUGCAAGUUUUUAAGGAGGGCGUUUGGUUUGCUGGAUAAAUCAUCCCCCGGGACACUUUUCUAAGAAGAUUUCUAUAAACCUCCCCCCCCACCCCCUGCUGCUCCCCCCACCUCUACUCCCCCCUUCGGCUGUGGCCGCCCCCACGCUACCCUGCCACCCUCCCGUCACGGGAGAGUGGUCCCCGGUCCAGCCGCGACAGCUCCUCCUGGGAGGAGGGGGAAGCGGGAAUCACGUCCCGGGGCCGGGCCAACCUCAGUGAUCCCCUUCUCCCCUCUCCAUCCCGGAGCAGCCGGGAUCCCUGGUCCCAAGCCACUCCAUUAGGCGGGAUCCGGACACAAGGGUGGGAGGCACAGGGCCCCUCCCCGCGCCCAAAUUCAUCCCAAAGGCGAUUUUGCUCGGCGCAGCCCAUUGGCACCCCGCCACUGCCUGGGGACCGCGACAGGCGAGGGGGCCCGCCGCCUCUCCCCCGACCCUCGUCCGUACCCCGGGGCUCCCUGGGUGGUCCGCCUCGGCUUUCGCCCUUUCUACUCAAGCACUUUGGUCUCUCGUUCCCGUGUUGUGCGACGGUUGGCGUGGUGGGCUGGGGCGGCUCACGGUUUGCUCUUUGUUUUCGGCUCCGCCCCCCCACCCCGCCCCCGUCCACCGCCCCUAGAUAGAUACCUUUGAUGCCUUUUGGGUUGAUGUUCUGUUGUGUAAAAUGGGAGCUCCC